ACAUCCUUACUCAGUGUGCUUAACAGUCACUUCUGUUGGGAGUCUAACGAGGACUUUACUGCCACAAGUCUACAGAGACAUAGGCUUUCCAGAGAUUUUCUUUUUCUCCUUUUUCUUCUGCUUUACAAGACUCUCAGAAAAACAGCUUCCUUGUCUUCCUAGGACAUGGCUGGACUGAGUGGUGCUGGAGCUUACAUGGAGUACACAGAGUGUGCUGCACCAAGAAGAAAGGACUUGACAAAUUCUCUUGAACAAAAGAUAAAGUGCUUGGAAAAACAGAGACAAGAGCUCCUGGAUGUCAAUCAACAAUGGGACCAGCAAUUUCGAAAUAUGAAAGAGUUAUAUGAAAGAAAGGUCCUGGAGCUAAAAUCUAAACUGGCGGCCGCAGAAAAUACUCACACCCUGGAGAAGAAACCGAAGCAAAGUGUGACAGAGGGCGACAGGCAGCUCGAGAAGGAAAAAGACAUCUUAAGGAAAGAAUUACAAGCACUGAAGAAGGAGAACAAGCUGUUGAAGGAAAACAAUGCUGUGGCCAAUCGGAAGAAAGAGCACUAUGCCUGUGAAAUCAAACGCCUCAAUAAGGUUCUUCAGGAUGCCUUGACAAUCGGGAGCUCUUUGCAUUCUGAGGACUUAGGGAAGUGUAAAUGCAGGGGCAGCCAUGCAGAGAUGAGAACAGAGGUGGAAUGUCACAAACAGCAGCCAGACUAUCAGUGGAAUGCUCUCAACCAGCUUCCUCCACAUGUACAGCAUAAGGCACAUGGUUUCUCCUCAGAAAGCAAAUUCAACCUGUAGAAUUACAUUAGCAGAGAAGAGAAGAAGGCUGUGAGCUCUCGGUUGUGACCGCUUUGCUUCUUCAGGACAGCUGUGAACAUUCUCCUUCGAGAUCUGCUCCCAGUUACCUUCACUGUGGCCCUUAAAGAGGAAAAGUCAGGACCAGCGGGACACAGUACAACUCCACAGACAAAUCAAGCUUCUCUCCUCAAGUGACACAGGACAGAUGAUUACACACUGUUCACAACUCUCUUCAACUAACUACUGAUGCAUUUGCAAAGAUGACUCCAGGAUUAACAUGAGUCCAGCUCUGGUGCCAUGACACUGUAUACUUAUUCAGAACAUGCAGAUCUUAAGCCAGACACAGUGGCCCAUCUGCUAAUUCCAUGGGAAGUUGCCACAGGAGGAUUGCAGUGAUUUCAAGGCCAGCCUGGGUUACCACACAAAUGCCACAGAAGCCAAUUUCUGCAUCUUAAAAAAAAGUAAUAAUAAACUGUGUAGUCCCUAGGAGAAAAACCUA